AUGGGGAUUGGGAGGAGUCAUAUAACGAGCUUCCUCGUUGGUUGUUCGCUAUACGAAUGUACGUGGGUGCAACUUGUCACUCAGCCUUGGCCUGGUUUAGCCGAUACCGUCAUGUUUCAUCGGGUGUUUUGGACGUUUCCACCAUGCAUUGAGGCUUUCAAGCAUUGCAAGCCAUUAAUUUCCAUUGAUGGAACACACUUAUAUGGUAAAUACGGUGGGACGCUGUUCAUGGCCAUAGUUCAGGAUGGCAACGCAAAUAUUUUGCCUAUUGCAUUUGCGGUGGUCGAGGGUGAGACAAAGGAGGCAUGGUUAUUCUUUCUGCCCUAUUUGUGUCAUCAUGUGACUCCAAAACCUGGUGUCUUAGUGAUUUCAGACAGGCACAAAUCAAUUGAUGGUGUACUGAAUGCCGAUGAUAGUUUAUGGAAACCACUUCAUGCUUUCCAGAAAUUUUGUACGAGACACAUUGCUUCCAACUUCAUGACUCACUUCAAGAACAAGGACUUGAAGAAGGUUCUGAUUAAUGCAGCGUAUUCAAAGUCACAGUGGGAGUUCGCUCAUUAUUUCAGGCGUCUGCGGGGCGAGAAUGAGGCCAUCACGAAGUGGCUUGACGAGAUGCCACGAUCACAGUGGGCGCAGUUUGCAGAUGAGGGUCGUAGAUUUGGGCACAUGACGAUGAAUAUAUCCGAGUGCAUAAGCACUGUGAUGAAAGGUUCUCAAAAUUUUCCAAUCAUGGCUUUUGUUAAGUCAAGUUAUUUCCGGUUAGGAGAACUUUUUGCUAGGAAGAGUUCCGAGGUCCUUGCCCAACUCUAA